CCUAUCUAAGCUGACUGCUGAUUUCUCGGAUUUAUCGCUAAAGCUUGGCUUGCUCAUCCGGCGGAAGCAUUUUCACGGCCAGAGCUUGCUCCUCAGACUCGGCGUCAUUCAACCCGAAGAACCAUUCGAAUAUUCAGCAUUAUUUACAGCCACAGGUUGAAAUCUGUAUGGAAAUAUUCCUCCAUCUUCCCGAUAAACCGAUACUGCCAUUUCUUCAUCAGAUGAGGAUAAAGCCAAGAAAUCUGCGCUGGGCACACUGUAAUCGAGCCUUUGGUGCGGCACCUUACAUGUCACAUCUGCGCACCGUUCCAAGUCAAAACGUCUUGUAACCUCUCAAUGCAGACAUUGUCACGACCGGGGCUCGAGGGCGGACCCAAAUGGACGACUCCAGAGGCAAGCAGGUAUAGUACAGAAAGCCUUUAUUCGGUCCGUGGUCAAUGAUCAGCGAGUUAGUCAGGAAAAGCAGCAGUAUCAGAAGAGGCAGGCUUACUGGGAUGGUCAGGGAACAGGCGAGGGUCGGUACACGGUAGGUCAGGUAUACGGAAGUGCAGGAACGAGGUAUGAGAAUCAACGAUCUAGCAGAGGACUAGUUGUCCCCCGUGUCCUAUAAGUACUGGGUGUAAUCAGCCGAAACAGGGUGCAGGUGUGUGCCGACUAAAUGACCCCUCCGUACAGGGCACUUAACGACGCCUCCUGAAGUGACGUCACGCCACGUGCGCCUACGUCAGACAAACAAUUCGCAAAAAUGGCGGUGCAGCAAGAAAAGAAUAGAGCGAAACUCUCCGAUUUACCGGCUGAUUUCUCACUUGCAUUCUUAGCUAAAAGUGAAAUAUCGUUGAAAAGCAGACAGCAGGGCUUCAAGUAUUCAGCGAGCGGUAUUUUAAUGGUAUUUACAUGCAUAUCGACGGAGAAACCAUUGAUAGCGCAAGAUCUUUCCAGAGUCAGAGGAAGACCGAGAAGCCACAUAAUAUAAUAUAUUAUAACCCAAAGACGAAUUCGUCAUUGACAGUUUCCUAUUUUCGUGUUACAUAUCACACUUGUGUGCAGAAUCUGGAUAUGUAUCUGUAUAGCCGUUUGUGAACCACCGUAUAAAGGAAAAGAAGGCGAGGCUUGAUUUACGAGUUGUUUCUCUCGUUUGCUUUGUGUAACGUCACGCGCUCCCCUCAAUAAUUAUUCUUGAAUUAGUGCCGAACCUACGUAAGUCCCGACCGAGUACGACAAUCACUACUUUAGUGUCCUCAAACAUCCUUCCUUCAGUCUUGGUGUCUCGGUGCACGUCGAAGGCUUUUAGGACUGCUAGUCCGGUUUAGCUUAGCUCACCGCCGAACAGAGACACGUUUGUGCAGUCGCUAAGUCCGAGUUUGCCAACAUGGAACGUCUGGGCAGUGUCCGCCGCUCGGAUAGCCCGUGGGCCUCGCCACUACACAACGUCCCUAAACUGAGUGGCGGGUGGCGACCGUGUGGUGACUACCGCCGCUACCCUGUUCCACACAUUCAGGACUUCUCAGCCCACCUGGCAGGCAAAAUCUUGUUCUCCAAGGUCGACCUGGUGUGCGGGUAUCACCAGGUUCCCGUGCACCCUUCAGACGUUCCCAAGACAGCUGUAAUCACCGAGGUUGCUGUGCGACCUCUCGGCUGACCAGCCUCGGCCGCUGGUCCCUGCAAACUGGCAAAGAGCUGUUUUCGAGGCGGUCCACAACCUCUCCCACCCCGGAAGGAAACCGUCCGUGAGGCUGGUGGCCCAGAAGUUCGUGUGGCGCGGUCUCAAGAAAGAUGUGCAGGCCUGGGUCGACUCGUGCGUGGCCUGUCAGCGGGCUAAGGUGCAUCGCCACACAAAAGCCCCCUUGGAGCCCUUCGCUGUCCCCGAGAGGAGGUUUGACCACGUCAACGUCAACUUGGUAGGUCCACUUCCUCCCUCGCAGGGAUUCACCUACUUGCUGACCAUGGUGGACAGGACGACCCGCUGGCCCGAAGCUGUUCCCCUCUCCUCGAUAACGUCGUCAGACGUGGCCCAGGCAUUCAUCGGCACGUGGGUUGCACGCUUCGGGACACCGUGCGACUUUUCCUCAGAUCGUGGCCCUCAGUUUACCUCUGAACUCUGGAACGUAGUCGCUGAGAGUUUGGGGGUCAAGCUGCACCACACUACUGCCUAUCACCCCCAGGCGAACAGUCUUUGCGAGCGGUUCCACCGCUCCAUGAAAGCAGCCCUGCGUGCCGGCUUGACGGACGGCAACUGGUUGGAUAAGCUCCCGUGGGUAAUGCUCGGCCUCAGGUGCGCCCCCAAGGAGGACCUGUUGUCCUCAUCCGCCGAACUCGUCUACGGCCAGCCACUGCGGGUCCCCGGCGAAUUCAUCCCGGACGCCACAGCGCCCUGGUCCGCAGCCAGGCAACGGUCCUCCCUGCUGGAGGCCGCAAAAGGGUUCGCGCCGGUUCCCACGUCGCAACAUGGCACCCCAGCUGCCCGGCUGCCCCGUCACCUGCGCUCUGCGGAUUUUGUGUUUGUUCGUCAUGACGCCCACCGUGGACCUCUCCGUCCCCCAUACGACGGGCCGUUCAGGGUCCUGGAGCACGGGGAUAAGAGCCUGCUCAUGGACAUUGCCGGCAGACCCGAGACUGUUUACGUGGACAGGGUCAAACCCCCGCACCUGGACAUUGCCCAGCCUUUGGGGUUGGCCCUCCCCCUGCGCCGGGGUCGUCCCCCUUUGCCCUGUGCCCCUGGGCCUGCCGGGGUGCCCUUGACCCCGCCUGAGCCCUUGUCCCGUGACUCAAUGGACAGUGAGGCCCCGCCCCCCUCGGCCCCUACAGUGCACACCCACCGGGGUCGGGUCAUCAUCCCUCCACGGCACAAGGAUUUUGACUAUGGGUGAAUUCUGGGGGGGGCUUGUGUGGUGUUUACAUAAUUCACCCGCGGGAC